AGAAACGUUGAGACACGAAUCUUGAGGAGAGAAACACAAGUUCUAAAAUAAUGGCACAAGGAAACGAAGUCCAAAUUCCAAGGGUGAAACUGGGCAAUCAAGGGCUUGAGCUCAAGAAGAACUUCCUACUGCUGGCUGCAGAAAGAGUUGCAUCAUCUCUAAGAAUCUUUCCUAUGGUCAAAUCAUGAGCCUGCAAAGGCCGAGCCUCUAUAGGUGCUUUUAAUUAUAUCAACCUCAGGGAAGAGAUAUGGAAAGGCAGUUGUGUUGAUGGAUUUGUAUAGAUAUAAAUGUUGCCAAACAGAUUGAGAUUGUCAAACUAUUGAGGUCUCAAAGUUGGGGUUUGGAUGUAUGGGCCUGAGUGGAGCCUAUAAUUCUCCUCUCUCUGAUGAGGAUGGAAUCUCAGUAAUAAAGCAUGCUUUCAGUAAGGGAAUCACUUUCUUUGAUACAGCCGACGUUUACGGGCCUCACACUAAUGAAAUUCUUCUCGGGAAGGCCUUGAAGCAAUUGCCAAGAGAGAAAAUUCAAAUAGCCACCAAAUUUGGCAUCCAAAGUCUGGUGUUUUCUAAUAUGGUUGUGAAUGGUAGUCCCGAAUAUGUUCGCUCAUGCUGUGAGGCAAGCUUGAAGCGCCUUGAUGUGGAAUAUAUUGAUCUGUAUUAUCAGCACCGGGUAGACACAAAAGUACCUAUAGAAGAAACUAUUGGUGAACUUAAGAAACUGGUAGAAGAGGGAAAAGUCAAGUAUAUUGGUCUAUCUGAAGCCAGCCCAGACACAAUAAGGAGGGCACAUGCUAUCCAUCCAAUCACAGCUGUACAAAUGGAGUGGUCUCUCUGGGCUCGUGAUCUCGAGGAAGAGAUAAUUCCACUUUGCAGGGAACUUGGAAUUGGAAUAGUUCCAUACAGUCCUCUUGGUCGUGGCAUUUUGGCUGGCAAAGGAGUUGUGGAAAGUUUGGCCACAAAUAGCAGCUUGGCCAACCAUCAUCCUCGGUUCCAAGGAGAGAAUUUGGUUAAGAACAAGACCAUUUAUAGUCAGAUAGAAAGCCUUGCUAGAAAGCAUGAAUGCAAUCCUGCCCAGCUAGCAAUAGCAUGGGUUCUCGAACAAGGGGAUGAUGUUGUACCAAUACCUGGGACAACCAAGAUCAAGAACCUGGAUAACAAUAUUGGCUCUUUCAAGGUCAAACUUUCAAGAGAAGCUCUAAAAGAGAUAUCUAAUGCUGUACCCAUCGAAGAGGUAGCCGGUAGUAGAAGCUAUACAAACACAGAUCAUUUAGAAUGGAAGUUUGCCAACACUCCACCAAAGAAAUGAUCCUCUUCACUUACACUUCAAUUAGCAGCAUGCUUAUGUAAACGUUUUGAGAAUGAUAUUAGUAUUGUUUGCCUUGUAGCACAUGUUAUUGGAUGUUUCAGACGUUUGUUCUUCACCACUUUUAAGGAUCUUGUGGAAUAGAUUUAAUUUUUGAAUUUUA